CGGUCAGACAUGGGGGGUGCGUGUGCCUUGGUCCUUCUCUUGGGAGUUUUGCUGAUCGACAGUGCAAUGCCGGCCAGACAAACACAACGUGCAAAGCGGGUCAGAUCGGACAGAGGAAAGCAGAGAGCAGCACCUCAGAUACAAUCAGAGGAAGAUUGCAGAGGCAAAGCCUUAGACCUCAUCUUCAUUAUCGACAGCUCCAGGAGUGUGCGUCCGGAAGAUUACGAGAAAGUGAAACUGUUCCUCAUCAACAUCCUGAAGUUCCUGGAUGUCGGGCUGGACAAGACCCGAGUGGGGCUGGUCCUUUACGGCAGCACUGUGGAGGACAUAUUCUCUUUGAAGACCUACAAGAAGAAAGCGGACAUGGUGCGAGCCAUCAAAGACAUGGAGCAUCUGGAGAGUGGCACCAUGACCGGCCUGGCUAUCCAGCACACCAUGAACGUGGCGUUCACUGAAGGCGCCGGAGCCAGACCCCUGGCUAGGAACGUGCCACGCGUUGCUAUCAUAGUGACCGAUGGACGACCUCAGGACAGGGUGACGGAGGUGGCGGCUCAGGCCAGGGACUCAGGGAUCCUGAUUUUUGCUGUGGGAGUGGGCAGAGUGGACAUGAGCAUCCUGAGGCUGAUCGGAAGCGAGCCCCACGACAACCACGUCUUUCUGGUGCAGAACUUCAGCAUGAUCGAGACGCUGCUCUCAGGAUUCCAGUCCAAAAUCUGUGAUUCAGAUCUUUGUGGAACUAUUGACCAUGGAUGUGAACACAUCUGCAUCAACACAGUUGGAUCCUAUAUUUGCCAAUGUAAAGAGGGAUAUGUGCUGAACAAUGAUAAGAAAACGUGUAGAAGAAUCGACUCCUGUGCCCUGGGGAACCAUGGCUGUGAACACAGAUGCAUCAACACAGAGACCUCGUUUAUAUGCCAAUGUCAUGAUGGCUACACCCUCAAUCCAGACGGCAAAAGCUGUGAGCGAAUUAACCUCUGCGCCCUGGGAAAUCAUGGCUGUGAACAUGAUUGUGAGAACACUGAAGAUUCUUACGUCUGCAGAUGUCAGCAAGGAUACACACUAAACUCUGAUGGGAAGACUUGUCAGCAGUGUGCAAAAGAAGCACUGGACCUCGUCUUUGUUAUUGACGGUUCCAAGAGCCUCGGUCCCCAGAACUUCCAUUUGGUGAAACAGUUUGUCAGCAGCAUCGUGGGUGCUUUGGAAGUGUCGCCCAAUGCCACCCGUGUGGGUCUGGUACAAUACUCCACCAAGGUCCGCACUGAGUUUGCCCUGGGGCGCCACACCACAGCCAGGGGCAUCAAGGAGGCGGUGAGCCAAGUGAGAUACAUGGGCAGAGGGUCCAAGCUGGGUCUCGCUCUGCAGCAGUUGUCCCAGAGCAGCUUCACAGACAUCGAAGGGGUGCGAUCACCGUUGCAAGACGCCUCCAAAGUAGCGGUGGUGUUCAUCGACAGCCACGCUCAAGAUGACGUCUCCCAAUGGGCCACUAAAGCCAAGCAGAAUGGAAUCAUUAUAUACGCUGUUGGAGUGGGAGACACAGUUGAAAGCAAACUACAACAGAUUGCUUCGUAUCCACAAGACAAAUACUCAUAUCACGCUGAAGACUUCAGCGCGAUUGGGGAAAUUGCUGAAAAACUGAAAACACAGAUUUGCAAAGGAAAUCCGUCUCUUCAGGAACAAUGCAAGUGUGAGGCAGUUGUAUCGUCCCAGAUCUACACUUCAGAAGAAAUACAAAAGUUAUCCCAAAAACUGGAAGAUAUUGUGAAGAGACUGAGAAUUCUGGAAAAUUAUCUCAAAGCAAAGUAGCGAGACGUCAAUGGGAAGUACAUUCGUGUUUCACCGAUUGGAACAUGACCAUUACGUUUUGUACAUUUGUCUUUUAAGGGCUUCCAUCAAAAUGCAGGUAACAGUUUUAUUGAUAUUAAGAUUAUAACAAACUAGUAAGGUAAUACUGGCUCAACUAACUGCUCCUCUGAAACUGGAAAUGGGCAGAUGAAAUGAGAAUCAUUUUAAAUUGGUAACUGUAUUUUUCACAAGUUUUCACUGCUCGAAACAAGAGCUAAAAUUGUGCAUUUUAAAUUCAGUCGUUCAACAAAAUGGUUAAAUUGGUUUUCAAUUCAAAAAAAUGUAACUUAAUGUUAGGGUGGACACUGCUCUCUGCCUAUGCUAUAGGUUUUUAGUGAGUUUUAUACCGACUCACUUGGUUAAAUGAAUUCAGGAAUUUACUCAACUGUGAAAUAAAUUUCCAUUACUUAUUACCAUCAUUAUUUUCACUGAAUGGAUUUUCACCCAAUAAAGAAUGCAUUAACUAACUUUGCACUUUUGUCUUUAAACCUGCAAAUCUUGUACGACCUGAAAAGUCUUCUAGCUGAAGAUCAAUCAACCUUUCGCACAUUUCUAGCAUUCAGUUUCUCUCUCCACCUUAACUCAUCU